GUGACGGCCUUGAAUUUGUCGAUGGCUCCGCUCCUCCGCCUGCGCCUGCCCGGUGGGCCAGAUAGCCCACAUGCACCGCGCAGUAUUAGGGCUGCCACGGUGGCGCCGACACGCGUCGAUAUCUCAUUGGAGUGCAGGACUCGGAGGCAGCCCAUUUCUAGGCAGCGCCGUCUCUUCGCGCACCCCCCAAUUCGAACGACGGAGCACGACGCACGCAGAGCCGCAGAGAUCCGUCACACUGCAAGUUUUGAAAACUGAACUGUAAGAUGGCAUCAGCAGAGCUUUCCCGUGAGGAAAAUGUGUACAUGGCGAAGCUCGCCGAGCAGGCAGAGAGGUACGAGGAAAUGGUUGAGUUCAUGGAGAAGGUAGCGAAAACUGUUGACUCGGAGGAGCUCACUGUGGAGGAGCGCAACCUCCUGUCUGUUGCAUACAAGAACGUCAUUGGAGCCCGCCGUGCCUCAUGGCGCAUCAUCUCCUCCAUCGAGCAGAAGGAGGAGGGUCGAGGCAAUGAGGACCGUGUAACACUCAUCAAGGACUACCGUGGCAAGAUUGAAACUGAGCUCACCAAGAUCUGUGAUGGCAUCCUCAAGCUUCUCGAAUCUCACCUUGUGCCGUCUUCCACCGCUCCCGAGUCCAAGGUCUUCUAUCUCAAGAUGAAGGGUGACUACUACAGAUACCUUGCUGAGUUCAAGACUGGAGCUGAGAGAAAGGACGCUGCUGAGAACACCAUGGUGGCAUACAAGGCUGCCCAGGACAUUGCUUUGGCUGAGCUUGCUCCAACUCACCCUAUUAGGCUUGGACUGGCACUCAACUUCUCAGUGUUCUACUAUGAGAUUCUCAACUCACCCGAUCGCGCCUGCAGUCUUGCAAAGCAGGCUUUUGACGAGGCCAUCUCGGAACUGGACACCCUGAGCGAGGAGUCCUACAAGGACAGCACUUUGAUCAUGCAGCUCCUUCGUGAUAACUUGACCCUAUGGACUUCUGACAUCUCGGAGGACCCUGCGGAAGAGAUCAGGGAGGCGCCCAAGCACGACUCGAGCGAGGGGCAGUAAAGCCGGCUUUACGUGCCUAGAAGCUAGUACCUAGUGUUUGCUGCUGUCUAAUGACACUAUGCAAUGUGAUCUGGACCCUGGUUUCUUGGGUGCGACGCUUGUAGCAGCCGUGUUAUGAUUAUUUGUCGGGAAAAUUUGGGGGCUCCCCAUAUGAGAUGCUGCCGGGCAAGACCUCGGCAUCCCACCUCGUUUCAGGCGGGGGACGCUGGAGCGUGGUCCGGUUGUGUUGGGAAGCCCCUUAAACUGUUGUCGCUUGCAUUUUAACCUUUUCAUCGCCGUUCAGUGGUCCUAAAUCUAUGGCUCGUCUCAGUGGUCUAGUAUAUGUUUUCUUGGUUCUCUCUUGAUUCCUCACACGGUGAGUGGGACCGUUCGCAUUUGUCUGUCCCAUCCCAUCUUAACGGUGAAUGUGUUUUGUUUGGUGUCU